CCGCCCGCAGGCGCGCAGCCCGGCGCGAAGCGUGGACAGGGGACGCGGAGAGCGGCGGGUCCGCGGCGGAGGGCGGGAGGCAGGAGGCGAAGGAGGAGGAGCAGGGGGAGGCGCGGGAUAAAGGAGCGCUCACUGCUCCCGCUUGCUCUCCGGCGGGGCUGAGGGAAGCAUCAUGGCCGCGAAGUCGGACGGGCGGCGGAAGAUGAAGAAGGGCGGCGAGGUGGCGUUCACGCCGCUGCAGAACUCCGAGCACUCGGGUUCCGUGCAGGCUCUGGCCCCGGGGCUGCCCUCCGGCGCCGGGCCGGGAGGCGGCAGCGACGACGACGAGGCGCCCGGGGGCGGGUGCUGCAGCGGCAGCGGCGGGGACGGCUCGGGCGGCGGCUCCCGCUGCUGCUGCUGCUGCUGCUGCGGCGGCAGAGGUGGAGACGGCGGUGGGGGUGGCGGCGGGGGCUCCCGGGGCUCGGGCGGGGGCUCGUCCUCCUUGUGCCUGCGGCUGGGCAGGGAGCAGCGGCGCUACUCGCUGUGGGACUGCCUCUGGAUCCUGGCCGCUCUGGCCGUGUACUUCGCGGACGUGGGCACUGACAUCUGGCUGGCGGUCGACUACUACCUGCGGGGCCAGCGCUGGUGGUUCGGGCUCACCCUCUUCUUCGUGCUGCUGGGGUCCCUCUCCGUGCAGGUCUUCAGCUUCCGCUGGUUCGCUCACGACUUCAGCACCGAGGACAGCGCCGCCACCGCCCCCGGGCACUGCCCUGCCGCCGAGAGCAAGCUGCUGGUGAGCAGCAGCUCGGCGGCCGCGGACAUCGACGCCGCCCGGCCCUGCACGCCGCAGCGGCAGGCGUCCACCGCCAGCAAGAGCAACGCCACCAACAGCAGUACCAACAGCAGCAGCAACGCCGCCGGCAGCGGAGCCGCCGGUCCCCGAGCCGGCAGCGGCAGGUCGGCGUCCUGCGCCUUCUGCAUCUGGCUCCUGCAGUCGCUCGUCCACAUCCUGCAGCUCGGGCAGGUCUGGAGGUAUUUCCACACAAUAUACUUGGGCAUCCGGAGUCGACAGAGUGGAGAGAAUGACAGAUGGAGGUUUUAUUGGAAAAUGGUGUAUGAGUAUGCAGAUGUGAGUAUGCUGCAUUUGCUAGCCACAUUUCUGGAAAGUGCACCACAGCUGGUCCUGCAACUCUGUAUUGUUGUACAGACUCGUACACUCCAAGCUCUCCAAGGUCUUACUGCUGCAGCAUCUCUUGUAUCCCUGGCUUGGGCUUUGGCUUCUUACCAAAAGGCCCUCCGUGACUCCCGUGAUGACAAGAAACCCAUCAGUUAUAUGGCUGUUAUAAUCCAGUUUUGCUGGCAUUUCUUCACAAUUGCAGCAAGGGUCAUUACUUUUGCUCUGUUUGCCUCAGUUUUCCAGCUGUACUUUGGGAUCUUCAUUGUGCUGCACUGGUGCAUCAUGACCUUCUGGAUCGUCCACUGCGAGACAGAGUUUUGCAUCACUAAAUGGGAGGAGAUAGUUUUCGACAUGGUUGUUGGGAUAAUCUAUAUAUUCAGCUGGUUCAAUGUCAAGGAAGGAAGGACACGCUGUAGGCUUUUCAUUUACUAUUUUGUGAUCCUUUUAGAAAACACCGCCUUGAGUGCUCUCUGGUAUCUGUACAAGGCCCCACCAAUCUCUGACGCAUUUGCCAUACCAGCACUGUGUGUAGUGUUCAGCAGCUUUUUAACAGGCAUUGUUUUUAUGCUAAUGUACUAUGCCUUCUUUCACCCCAAUGGACCCCGGUUUGGGCAGUCACCAAGCUGUGCUUGUGAGGACCCUGCCACUGCCUUCACCCUACCCUCAGAAGUGGCCACAAACACUCUGCGGUCCAUCUCCAACAACCGCAGUGUCACGAGUGAGCGGGAUCAGAAAUUCGCAGAGAGGGAUGGGUGUGUGCCUGUGUUUCAGGUGAGACCCACCGCACCUUCUACACCUUCAUCCCGGCCACCAAGGAUUGAGGAGUCUGUCAUUAAAAUCGAUCUGUUCAGGAACAGGUACCCAGCGUGGGAGAGACAUGUGUUGGACAGGAGCCUGAGGAAGGCGAUCUUAGCAUUUGAAUGUUCCCCUGCUCCUCCACGGCUACAAUAUAAAGAUGAUGCCCUUAUCCAGGAGCGCUUGGAAUAUGAAACCACAUUGUAAGCAAACAAAAACACAGCUUGAAGAAGCUACGACGUUACAGUCCAAAAUAAGGGUUGACUGUAGGGCUGUAGGAAUAACUAAACUGCGUACUACAAAUAGAGCAGCAAGCUGUAGUGUUCUUAGUCUGGCUAUCAUCAUGAUUAUCAUUUGAUCCACUGUGUGCAGUCUGUCUGCAGGACACUGAUACAGCAGCAUCACCUGAAAGCCUCAAAAAAACCCAAACCUGGCCCACACAUACAGAUCAGUUACUUCAGCUGGGGAAAUUCACCCACGACGCCGUGCUGCUGUGAAACUCUGACUGCACAGUACUUAUAAUCAGCCCAGUAGGAAGGCUGUGACCAGAGCCUUCAACUUUAGCCAGUAGUGCAUUUUAUUUUAGAAAUGAAUGAUUGACAUUUGCAUAAUCAACAGCAAAAACAAGCAAAAACUUUUUCAAAAAGAAACAGAAGUGUAGCACACAGUGUUGCUGUUAUGAAAACUGCUUUCUAGGGAAAAACCAGGAACAUAGUAGUCUUCAACCCUCCCAUAAAUCAACCGUUCAGGUUAGAAUAGAUAUGCAAAUAGUUCUUAAUUAAAAAUACAUCAUCAUAUUUGUAAGGCUGUCAAUGGAAAAUAAACUAAAUUCUGAUUAAUUGGGUCAUAAACAUUAAUACUACCAGAACUAUUUGUUUUCUGUGGAAUUUCAAAGUCUUUUUAAACGCAAUUCAAGUUCUUGAUGUUACUUCCAACAGAAAUCCUAUGAAGCUCACUUCUGGUUUUCAGGAGAAAUAAGGAGCUCUAGCACGUAGUGAUGUAAAUUAAAUGAUAAUCAUGAUUCAGUGUUCAAUCUGCAAAAAAACAAAAGUAAUAUAUAUAUAUAUGUAAAAGAACAGGGAAGUAUAGUUUUCAUAUUCUAAACUUUUUGGAGGACCCCAUUCAGAUAUAUCAGAAGAAACAACAAACAGAUGAACACACUGAAACUUCUCUGUUUCAGGACUGAGAAUGCAUGAUUCAGUGUGUGAAUGUAUGCAGGGGUGACAAGAGACUGUGACAUGCCAUACCCUUCUAGUGCCAAACGUUGUAUAACUGCAAAGUUGCUAUUGCCUGAGGGACAGGUAACAAGUGGCACAAGCCCUACCAGAACAAGAAGCAGGAAAGACCAGUCAAGUUCUCAACUUGUAGAGACAGCUCUGAUUUUCUCACCCAAGGUGAAAGUGAUGUCUUUUAAAGGCUUUCAGCCACCUCUUAGUAAGUAUAUUCAAUGAAGUAUAAUCUAAGCAAGUUAUGUGGAAGACCUCUUCUGCCUGUUCAAGACUUGUGUCCAGAUAUGUCUAAAAAUUAGGUUGAAUCUCUUGUAAUAGAGUGCUUUUGCUGCAAGCUUUUGGGUUUUAAAUACCUCCCUAAAUCUAGUCAGUGGUAUCUUCCUUUAUGUUAAAAGUAUCCCCUGAUGGUGCUUUCAAAUGCAUUAAAGGUGCAAGUCAAAAUUUGAUAGUAUUUUUUUUAAAGCUGGUGCAGAGUGAAAAACUCAUUAAUUAUUUCAAUAUUUUUGUAAAGUAAAAAUAUGAUAUCAACAGGUUACUUUUUAUAAACCUCAAAUCUUUUAAUACAUUUCAUUCUCUUUGUAGCUUAGAUUUUAAGAAUUGGUCCAUGAAUUUUAUCAACUGGCUUCUGCAGGUUGAUAUAAAACUGGUUUUCACACAUUAUGGGUUUGUUUUGCAGUGUAAUGCCAUAUGAAAGCCUACAUGGGUACUUUUAGAAUACUCUAUACACCGUGGAUCCUGCUUCAACUGUAAGUGGCUUGUGAAGACACCCAGUGAUUCCAUAAGAAACAAUUUGCUAUAACUAUUUCCAUCCGUUUUAGGAGAGCGAAGCAGAACUGAAGAGUUACUGUUGUAAAUGGCAUUGUCAGGAUGGAGAAGACCUGAUGAUUGGUAUUGUAAUCUUCACUGUCAGAUAGAUCCAGUAUAGUCACUGCUGUAUAUGCUGCUGGGUAAAUUUCAGUCUUUCCUAUAAUUAAUAUUUGUACUAUGAAAUGGCCGAGGUUACACAGCCUAUGUUUCUUUGUAUGCGUUCAACUAGCCAUUUUUAAUGUUGACUUUUUUUAUUAGUGAAAUGUUCAAUUCCUGUUGUUCUUUGCUGGGGCAAGAUCCUCAAAACAAAACAUCUGUGAAAGUGCAGGAAUCUGCAAGGCAGAGGGAACUUUACACAGAUCAGAAAACACCCAUGCUUCAAGGGUUUCUUAGGUAUUUUCAAAUUAAGCAGUGGCCAGCUGCCUCUAUAAUAAUUUUUUAAAUAAAGCAAUUGUUUGAUAGUCCAGACCUGAAGCUUUAUACAAAGUGAUUGCCCUUCCCUCCAUGGAGAUAGAGCUGAUCAUUCAGUGAAAACCACUCAUAUUUUGUCAGAAAAUACACCACUGCAAGAAGUGCUAAAAAAAAAGAUUUUGGGAGCAGGUCCUUUGUCCCAUCAAAUUCAGCAAAGCCUUCACUCCAGAAUCAAAUGCUAGCUCACGCAAGGAAAUUGCUGUUUUUGUUUACAAACAAGGCACAUGGUAAAUUUUGUAAUCCAAGAUGGGAGAGUUUCUUUUGGAAACGGUUUGAUAUGUUUGCUGCAGCUUUUAUUUUUUAAUUUUCUUUUUAACAAUGUUUGUAAAAAUGUUUCUGUCAAGCAAACUACUGCGGGGUCUGAGUGCACAGUGCCAUAUGAGGCACUACAUGUGCACACUUUGUCUUCAGAAUUCAAUCCAGUUGUUUGAGGAAAACAGAAGUCAUUUUACACUGAGUCAGAAUUUGCUCUCCAAGACCUUGCUCUGUUGCAUUCAUAACGUCAGUGAUACUUGCACUGAAAACAUUGGCCAUUGAAAUCCUAACGCUUAGAUGACUGCACGGACAGUUUCUCAAUUUGCAUUGCUGUGAAUAGUCGCAUUAAAAGCUGUAAUAAUUUUUUAUAGAUGUUACGAUUCAACAUAGUCCACGUUGAAAUUCCAUGAUGGCCUUAUGGACAGUUAAUAUGCACUAUUCUUUUUACCGCAGACAGUUUUAAGAUCAAUACAGUUCAAUAAAAACAGCAAUAGCAAAAAAAAAAAACACAAAACAAACCAAAAAAAAAAAAAAAGUAAAAAAAAUUAACUUCUACUUUGAAAUAAUGAAAAAAUCAGGUCUUUUAAAUUUCAUUCCACAAUACAUGAGAAUAAAAGAGUUCAUAAGGAUAUUCUGGUAAGGAAAAGCAAUCACAUCUAUUUGUUAGAAAUAAGAAUUGUGAAAAUGUUGUUCUAAUGAAUCAAAAAAAAUUGCCAGCAGAUUUAAUGGUAAUUUAUCUGGUUAAAGACUUGGGCCUAAAAUUGUGAGAGUUCUGGAUUUGUAUCCUACAGAAAAGACAAUUUAACUAAUAUUCACUACUCUAAUUAGGUAAAGGAGAAGUAAUGCAUAUCCAUGUUCAUUCAGAAAACAUAGAAGAAAAUGUAAGAUAAACCUUUUGUCUUAUUUCAAAAGUUAUUUGUUCUGUAAUAGGAUAAUUUUAAAAAUAUAUAUGAAUUCUUUGAAAAUAUGUGCAAUACUUUUUUUCCUGCAUAUUUAAUGAGAAAAAUCAUUUCCACUUUUGUUUAUCUCAAUUUAAAUAUGCUUCUUGUGCUAGAACAAUGUUUCUGUGCUUGAGUUAUAUGGGCUUGAUGGCAUAUAAACAAUGUUUUCAUUGGCAAAUCAACAAAUUUUCUAUUGAUAAAUUUCUAUAACAUUGGAGAAAACCUUCCAAAAUUAAAUGCUAGGCCUCAGCUGCCUGAUUUUGUAAACUUUUAAGCAAAGGAGGUAAAUUAAAAUUUUAUUGGAACUGCAAUUAUUAAUAUGUGGUGUAUAACUAUUAAACCCAAAUUGAUUUAAAGCAUACAGUAGUCUAGCUAAUAUAUCAUCCUCUCCCCAAAAGAGCCAUUCAUGAGUGGUACUGAAAGUGUGAGUGCUGCUUUAUUUGGAAAGAGACUGCCAAUCACACAAUAUAUUCAUUUACUUUUUAUUGGCCGUCAAAUAUUCACAACUAGCCUGAUGGUUUUUUUCAGAACUCAAAUUAAACAAUUUUGAAGUAUUUGUGAUUUGAUCAUACAACUCCUUAAAGAGCCUUAAAAGUGGUGGUGUACUGAGUUUUAAUUGGCUCUGCCAGCAAUUCAGCUUCCAAAGCCACUGCCCUUUCUCUGCUCUACCCCUGAAGUCAUGCAGUUGGGAGUGACUGAGGUGCUAUGAUUUACUCUGCACCCCCUGCACUGCCUGCCCAAUGCCAAGGAAAAGACUUCAGCAGGUUUCUGGGGUCCUACUGCUGCCUCUCUUUCUCCUGUGCAUGCUGGGAAGCAGAGUAAAUUACAUUUUGCAUCCACCUAAACAUGCUUAUUUAGGUUGAGUCCCUGCAAGAGGUGCAUGAUAAAAAUAAUCACAACACAUGUCCAUGAAUUUACAAGCCCAACACUGUAAUUACUGAUUUUGUAGCAUAACAAUGCAGGAUGUGGGAAGAAUUGUCUAAAUACACAAUAAGCCAUUUAAUUUUGUUAAUUGUAGCAAUUAGACUAGCUCUCAUGAAGCCCAUUCUCUGAGCAGAAAGCCAAAUGGAGCAAGUAAGUGGCAAACAGCCAUUUAUAUACCAGAGACACUAUGUUAUGAAAUCAUCCCUUGAUUGUCUAUAGAACUAUGUCUUUCCAUUAUGGCAUUGAGUCCAUUCCUCUUUAUGCUGAUAAAACAGAUAAAAUGCAAAAUGAGAACAGACUCUUUUAAGUCUGUGAAUUAAAAAACCUCACAACAGA